AUGGCGGACGCAAUCACCGAGGGGGCAGCCAAGCUCCAGCUGGACGAGGAGACAGGCGAGAUGGUCUCCAAGGGAGAGCUGAAAAAGCGUAUGCAGAAGAGAGCCAAGAAAGCCGCCCAAGCAAAGGCCAAAGAGGCCACCCAAUCCAUCGCCGGCGAUGUAGAGAAGAAGGCGCCUGCAAAACCUGCACCCAAGGCCGACGAGGUGGUCAUUGAUGCCGAUGCCAUGUUUAAACAGGGUUUCCUGGACGAAGUCUUCCGCAACCGCCCUAUGAAGCCCGUCUUCACUCGAUUUCCUCCCGAACCCAACGGAUUCCUUCACAUAGGUCACGCCAAGGCUAUCGCUAUUAACUUCGGAUUUGCGAGGUACCACGGCGGCCAAUGCUAUCUGCGUUACGACGACACGAACCCCGAAAAAGAGGAGGAAAAAUAUUUUACAUCCAUCGAGUCUAUGGUCCGUUGGCUGGGCUUCUCGCCGUACAAGAUUACCUACUCGAGUGACAAUUUCGACAAGCUCUAUGAGCUGGCUGAGAAACUGAUCAACCUUGGAAAGGCCUAUGUAUGCAAGUGCGACGACGCAGAGAUCAAGCUCCAGCGCGGUGGCGAGAAGGGCAAGUCACCGAGGUACCGCUGUGCCCAUGCCGACCAGACUCCCGAGGACAACCUGGCUCAGUUCCGCGACAUGCGUGACGGAAAGUACAAGGAGCGGGAGGCAUUCUUGCGCAUGAAGCAAGACAUUACCGAUGGCAACCCUCAGAUGUGGGACUUGGCCGCUUACCGUGUCAAGAAGGCCGAGCACCACAGAACAGGAGACAAGUGGAAGAUCUAUCCGACGUACGAUUUCACCCACUGCUUGUGCGAUUCAUUUGAGGGUAUUACCCACUCCCUUUGCACGACCGAGUUCAUCCAAUCGCGCCAGAGCUACGAGUGGCUGAACACAACCCUCGGGGUAUACGAGCCUCAGCAGCGCGAAUAUGGCAGGCUGGGCCUCGGCGGCACGGUGCUCUCAAAACGCAAAAUUCUUAAGCUUGUCGAGCUUGGUCAUGUUCGCGAGUGGGACGACCCCAGACUCUAUACUCUGACGGCAAUCAAGAGACGUGGUGUUCCACCCGGAGCCAUCCUCGAAUUUGUCAACGAGCUUGGCGUCACCACGGCCGCAACUGUCAUUCAGAUCAAGCGGUUUGAGCAGACGAUUCGUCGAUACCUCGAACGCACUGUGCCCCGGUUGAUGAUGGUUCUGGAUCCACUACGUGUGGUGAUUGACGAUGCCGACGACCUCGACGGCAAACCUCUUUCAAUACCAUUCUCUUCCAAGGUUCCCGAGAUGGGUUCUCACGACUUGAAGUUCACCAAGACAGUCUACAUUGACAGGUCAGAUUUCCGAGAGGUGGACAGCAAAGACUACUUCCGCUUGGCUCCCGGCAAGCCCGUAGGUCUGCUGAAUGUUCCGUAUCCCAUCAAGGUGAAGUCAUUCAGCAAAGACGAGGCAUCGGGCAAAAUAACAGAAGUUCGGGCUGAAUUCGAUCGCGAGAAGAAAAAGCCCAAGGCCUAUAUUCAGUGGGUACCUGAGGGUUCUCGUAAAGUUGAGGCACGUGUGUAUAAUCCAUUGUUCAAAUCGGAGAACCCAGACUCCGUGGAGGGGGGCUUCUUGGCGGAUAUCAACCCGGACAGUCAGAUCAUAUACCCAGAUGCGCUCCUGGAGAGCGGAUUCGAAGAGGUCAGACGGCGCGCACCUUGGCCUGAAGCGGCCGGCGAGAGCGAGUUGGGCAAGGGAGGACCGGAGAGUGUCCGGUUCCAGGCCACUAGAGUGGCCUACUUUGCCAUGGACUCCGACAGUACUGAGGACAAGAUUGUUCUCAAUCGUAUCGUGUCCCUCAAAGAAGACGCUGGCAAGAACUAA